AUGGAGAAUAACUCAGCGAGUGAAAAAGGAUCGACACUUCGAAAGACGCAAUACUUCUGUCUUUUGUGCACUUAUGAAACGGACAGAAAAAAUAAUAUGAAACGUCACUUUUCAUCAAUGCACAAGCACAGUUCGAAGAUUCUAGAAUGUUGUGGAGAACAUUUUUUAAAUAAAGCUACUUUGCGUUCCCACACGAAAACCUUACAUAAAGAAGGUUAUAGUUGUAACCUGUGUAUACGACGCUUUUGCCGAAGAGCUCUAGUGAGACGUCAUAUGAGUGCCCACAACGGGUUAAAGGAAUUUUUGUGUGAACUUUGUACUUACGCUACUAGUCACAAAAGCAACUUAGAGAAACACCAAUUUCGUAUCCACGGAAUUCCAGAGAAGAAACAUCGAAAAAGGAAUUCGGUGUCCAAACAAUCGGGAAAGUCUUCACCAUCGUCUCUGGGAUUGACUUCCAGAGAAGAGAAAGAUAAAUCGUUGAAAAUAUCCAAUAAUCAAUACAUUGUAUAUACACCCGAAUUACCAGAGUCUAUUCUUGAAGAACCAUCAAUUACAAUGGCAGAAGAUAUUAACAGAAGGGAAACUAAAGGAACAGACGGAAUUUCUCUAACAAAGGAAAACAUUCGAUUGUGCUGCUUUCCUUACAAAUGUUUUGAAUGCAACAUCGUUUUUAAAAAACAGUCAGACUACAUAUUUCACUGUGACCAGAUGCACCCACCACGAGACCCCCUCGAGAUUACACUCAUUCAUGCAGCUUUAAGACAUCGUCACCAGGCUCAAGAUAAACCUCUGAACUUGGUUAUUCAUCCUCCACGGGAUCCAUUUUAA